AGUCACGGUGUGGCGAUACAAAAGGACGGUUCCUCCUCAACGAUGAGAAGCAAUUCAAAUUCCUUUCAUCAAUUCACCCUAGCGGUAUCAAUCUCAACAGUCUCAUAGCCUUGUACUCAUAAUGUCGAGCCAACUGCGUUCCGCCGCCAUCUCUACAAGUGUUUUGCCCGAGGGACAUCUUUUGACUCAUGCUCGCACACACCUCCACCAUACCCUCCCAAAGGUUGGUCUAGGCUCCGCCGAAGCCAUAUCUCAUAUCACGGAAGAUCUCGCACCUGCGUUCAAUGCCUCGAGCCGGUCUCCAAACUACUACGGCUUUGUGACUGGAGGCACUACACCAGCAGCCGCUCUUGCGGACAACCUGGUCACAUAUCAUGAUCAAAACGUCGCAGUCCACCUGCCCACAGAGACGAUUGCGACCGAAGUGGAAGACAAAGCACUGACCAUGCUAUGUGAGCUGCUGAAGUUUGACGCGACGGUGUGGCAACACCGAAUCUUCACGACUGGGGCCACCGCCAGUAACGUUCUGGGUCUAGCUCUUGGCCGGGAGUACGUGAUCGGAGAAGCUUCAGCUGUUCGAAACGAAGAGAUCCUGAGUGUAGGAGGACUUGGGAUUGUUGAAGCGAUGCACCGCGCCGGGUUAGAAAAGAUACAAAUUCUAACGACUGUUCCACAUUCCUCGAUAUACAAGGCUGCGAGCAUUGUUGGUCUUGGUCGCGCUUCGGUCAAAGACGUUUCUUUGAAAGGAUCCACCCAUAGGAUUGACAUGACACUCUUCAAGGAGUACAUUGGAACGCCGGGAUCCGGGACAAUUGUAUCGAUCUCGGCGGGAGAUGUAAACACCGGCCUCUUUGCGACCACUUCGCUGGCUGAGUUACAAGAGCUAAGAAGCAUAUGUGACAUGCAUGGUGCCUGGAUCCAUGUUGAUGGCGCAUUUGGCUUAAUGGGUAGAAUGCUCUCUGGCCCAGAAUACAGCUCUAUUAUAUCUGGCUGCGAAGGCCUGGAGCUGGCCGACUCAAUUACAGGGGAUGGGCACAAACUACUGAAUGUUCCGUACGAUUGCGGCUUCUAUCUCAGUCGCCAUCCCUCAUAUGCUCAAAAAGUGUUCCAGAACCCAAACGCAGCAUAUUUAGCCACAACCGGGUCGAAUGACGGGAUUUUGUCGCCGCUGAACGUCGGUCUCGAAAAUUCCCGCCGAUUCCGAGCUCUACCCGUUUAUGCAACGUUGCUUGCGCACGGUAGCGAUGGUUACCGCGAGAUGCUUGAGCAGCAAAUUGCUCUAGCGCGAUUCAUCGCAGAUUUCAUUGUGGAUAGCGAUGAUUACGAGCUAUUACCGUACAGCGACGGUCCCAAAGAAAACCAGAUUGCUCAGACCUAUAUGAUCGUCCUCUUCAAGGCCAAGGACAAUAAGCUUAACGAGGAGCUAGUUCAAAGGAUUAAAGCCACCCGGAAAGUAUAUGUGUCAGGAACAGCAUGGGAGGGGCUCCCUGCCUGCCGGUUUGCAAUUUCCAAUUGGCAAGUCGAGUCCACACGGGAAUUCGCGACUAUCAAAGAAGUUCUUGAGUCGAUCAUCAAGGAAUACUUAUUGGAAGGCGCCCAUGACUGAGAAACAGGUUGCAAAGGUGUGUUAUCUCAUAGCCGCAAAGUAUUUCGAAGUUAUUCUAGCGAUCCAGAGAGCAUGCACUGUUGAAGUGUCCAGCUAAUCGCGGACAUACAUCCGUCACCUUGUCAAAUGCCUAUCUCAUUCUCCCGAUUCGCCGACCUCUCAGCUAGCCUUCGAGCUCGGCUCGGCAUACGUGGUUGCUAGUAGUUGGGCUUGUGUACCCAUAUCACGUGACGGAUAUGCAUGACGAUCACUCACGGCAGCCAGCGGAGAGCCGAACGAAACGAUUGUCAACAACCUCAUAAAAUCUCCAUAAGAAUCAGGUGGGAAUCAGGAC